AUGGCGCCUAAAACACUCACGCAGUGCCCCGAGAACCUUCGGGAAGCCAUCGAUUGGCUGCUUCAAAUCAAGGCAGAGGGCAACCUUCCAAAGCUGGCUGCAGCCGUGAAGGGGUUCAUAGACAAGGCUGUUGAGGAAGUUAAAAAGAGCCUUGAAGAGAGGAAAAAAGAACUUUUAUGCCCUGCAAAUUUCGAGCAUUGUACUGAGAAGAAGAACCUUAUUAACAAUACGAAGGAUGCAAUUAAGGAACUUCAAUCUCGAAAUUCUGAUGAAUCUUCUAGCACAUCUCCGAAUGAAUCCGAGUUAAUUAGGUUAAAAUCCGUCUUAAAUAAACAUGAAUCCGAGAAAGAAAAACAUUAUAAUGAAGUUCAUUACCUUACUGAUGAAGCCAGAGAAAGAGCGUUGAAGGAUCUGGAUGCCAAGUUGUCUGACUUAAAUAAACAUAAACCAAGUCUUACCAAAUUCACGGACCGAGCUGCCUUUGAAGACACUUUACUGAAGAUUUCUUCUGGUUUAGAGGAUUUCUUAGGUUAUGUGUCUGGGAAUUACACUGGUCAGGGCAUUGUGUAUGCCGAAUGCGAUCGUCUGCGGGACGCCGUUUUAAUGUUCUUGCAUGGAGCGCUGGAGAGUGUAAAGGCAGACAGUGCUGUAACAACCUAUGGCAGUGAUCAUAAAGCAAAACUAAGUGAUAUUGCUAGAACAGUGUAUUAUUCAGUUGGCAAGGGUGAUACGUCGUUUACAGAUGGAAUUGGUGAAGUCUCCAAUUGGUUGACUAAUUAUCAUGAACAUCUUAAUCUGAAGAUUAAGCUUGUUAAUGAUAAAUUCCAUGAAAUUCUAACUGAACAUCUUAACGGUUCUAAAGGUUUCAAAAAGUCCCUCGAAAGUUUCAAUAAGGCUUCACACCAAAAGCUCGGUGACGUCUCACAUAAGCUAAAGAAAUGCAUCAACAAGGCCGACAAUUUAGAAUCCACGACACUGCAACACGCCUUAAUUGCCUAUAAACUUUUGGACUCCAACCUUAAGGAAAUGCUUCGGGAGUCUGUCGACAAAGUUGAGAGGUUAGUUAAGGAGUUCGCGGCGUCGGCGCAGAAUAGUGAUCUGCUUGAGGUGUCGGCAAAGGUUGAUGAAAAAUUAGGAGAUUUACCGAUUGAUGUGGAGCGUAACAUUAAGGAUGGUGGACAUCAGGCCGUGGAUCAAUUUGGAGGUACGAUGGCUACACUGCACAACGGUAUUGUUACUCUUAAGAAUGAUCAAUUUAACGAGUUGAAGGGGUCUGUAAAUUCUGGGCUUAAAAAUUCCGCUCAUCAAGUUACCAGUAAGAUGGAUAGUGUUUUCAGCGAGUAUAAAUCUAAAAUAAUCUCCACUCUUCAGACUCUCCAGUCCAAAGUUCUACUUCUCAUCGCCAAACUCAUCGAUGCGCAGGCUGAUGAACUUGCAAACAAAAUAGAGAGUCAUUUGGAGAGUUUGCCGAAUGCUGUGCUUAGGGGGCAGGUCGGGAAUAGCGGGACGUAUGAGAGCAUGUUGAAUGGUAAACAAUCUGCGAUUCGAGACUUAAGAGUCCAACUUAAAAGCCCCAGUGCACAUGAAAACAUUAAGCAGUACAAAGAUCAAUUUUUAAGCUUACUUCCUACGGUUUUGGACGCUAUAAAUAGAACAAACAGCGCCUGGCAGAAAGAAAUUCAGCAGCAGCUUCAGGACUUGGACUCUGAUAUUAAAAAUCUCCAAGCAUCGUCUACCAACAUAGAAGUGCAGUUGCGGUUAGCAACAUUUGAAAAACAGCUGGAUAAUCUUAAAAUGCUUGCGAAGUCUGUUGGUGAUGAGGGCGUAAACGAGAAAUUGAAGACUGCAAAUGGCGAAAUGGUAAGGCUUAAUCAAGAGAUUAGACGAAUGGGCGGAAAUGUAAAUUGGUGGGUUAGCCAAUACAAAAAGGAUUUUGAACGUGCCAUGCGUAUCGGCAAAGAAGUAUCUCAGAAGCUGGCAACUCAAAUUAAGGCAAAACAACCAAAAGUACCUGCUGCUGGGUCUACGUAUACUGUUAAGCCAUCUAAAAUUGAUGAGUUGUUGGAAAAAUUUGAAGCUGACGUUAAGGAUAAUGUUGAUAACCUAAUUGAGAAAGUUGGACUGAAGUCAGAUGUGUUAGAAAGUGUCCACGAAUCAUUGAAAAAUCUUAAAGAUAAGAUUUGGACGCUUCAAAGUGCAAUUAGGAGUCUUACAGACCAUGUCUCAAUCGUAGAAAGGACGCUGCAGCACUGGAUCGACAAGGCCACCCGUGAACUUGCAUCCGCUGUCCAACAGGCCAAGGCGACCAUCACCAAGUUGGCGCAGCAGAUGAAAGAGAAAGUUCAGGCAGAGUUGGAAGCUAUAAUCAAGGAAGUUCAAACAAGGUAUUAUAGAACUAUGGACGCCAAGCUUACAGAGUUAAAUGAGAAUUUAACGGCGGAGAUUACAAAUAUUAGAGAAGUAAUGGAUGAAGACGUGAAUAAUGGAGUGAAAGGCUUGUUGAGACAGUUAAAUAGUUUUGUAAGUGGCGUAGGUAACAUUAAAGAUAUUAAGUCGUCCACUCAUCGAAGCUUCGAUGCUCCCCCAACAUCUUCACUGAGUUUAGCUGUAUUAAUUGUGAAAAUAAGCUUUAACCGUUUCAUAAAGGGGGUAUCUAAACAAAGUGACGCUAAAUCUGAGGAGUCAAAAAUAAAUGAAGUCUCCGAAAGUCUGGAAAAACUGUUCCAGCAAAUCCACAAGUCGGAACAAUUUGAUAAUGAUGUGACUAUAAAGCGUGAGAAGCUUAAAGACAAGUUGAAUAGGUUCUCUGCUGAGACCAUGGAUGACGCUCCCAAAACAGUGUUGAAGCCUUUGAAAAAUGGCCUCGAGGAAUUUGUUGAAGAGCUUCAGAAGGUGUAUGUGUCAAAGUAUACUUUACAGAAGUGGAAUGAUGAAGAGCAAGAAAAAUAUGCAAAGGUAUUUUGUAGUAUUCUUGAAAUUCUUAGCGCGGAUUUGGAUAUUUUGCGAGGUGAAUGCAAAAGGGAUGGAAAUGGUUGGAAACGUAAAAACAUUCAUUUAAAAGAUCAAAAAAAUAAAGAAAACCUACUUGGAGACUUCUUCAAAAAGCGUGGUUACCGCGUUGCUUUAGGUUAUGACGGGCAGGAUGGUGAGUUGCAAAAUAGAGCGGAUUUCACGGGUAGUGAUAUUCUUAAGCUUCUCACCAAAAGUAAAAAUGUGUUCAACUCCCCUAACAAUGAUAAAGGUUCCCUGUAUGAUCUUUAUGAAAAUCUCGACACUUACUAUAAUUUGUGUCAGCUCAGGCAUUUCCCUGAUGCCAAGCACCCGUGCACUGUUAAAGAUAUGCUGCUUUGGCUGACCGGACUGUGGCAUAAUUCUAUACUAGACCCACUCAAAGAUCACAUUAAGGAAAAUUUAGUAGCAUCCGAAAGAUACAAGGAUUCAGAUCAUCUUACCAUCCCUCCUGAGGAACUAACAUUAGAACCGGCAUCUCCCGUCACAGCUACGAUUAUAUUUGAUACUGUGCAAGCAAUAUGCACGCAAUCACAUAACGUGUUAAUCACCAUCCUGGGUCAUGGUGAUGCAUCCGCCACUUAUGCCUGCGACUUUGUCAACAAUUCCUCAGGUUUAUAUUAUCCCUCCACCGGCGAAGAUUGCCUGCACAUGCUGAUUCACAUCUUCCGUCUAUUGUUCCCCAUCCUCAGAUUUUUGGAAAGCCAGUGUGGUAACCCGGCAUCCGACUAUGGUUGGUUUCAGUGCAAAUACGGCAAAGACGUCCAACCCUCGGACUGGCACUGCGAUGAUCAUUUAAAGACUCAUAUUGAUUGUAACCGCAGGUCACCACUCAUGUCAUACCUUACUGACCGCUUACUCGGUUACUUGCCUCACCAAAUUGGCGAAAUUGGUUGUGAAUCCAAAUGUUCGACGUGCAUAUACACUUCCAAGCCGGGUAUGCCUUGUCUGGCUCCCUUAGGCUUUAGGGAUUUUUCUUGCAGUAAACGUAGAGGUAUGGACAUCUGUGAUAUUCUCGAAAAAUUCUUCAGUACACCUAAUCUUACAACCCUGUUCUGCCUCUUACCCAUACCGCCUGCAACGCUGCCAGAGCAUUUUGCAUUUGUGUUAUCGCUAGUUAGGGAGCUGCAGAGUGAUGGCACUCAUUCUUUCAAAGACGCAAUGGAAACAUCCAUCAUCGGCUUAUCCAUUGGCAUCUAUGAUCAACCCACGGUUCUCACCAAUGCGUUUUGUGAUACCUAUGGUUCGGAGUAUGUCUCACAUAAGAAUUGCGACAAGCCUCACGUCAUUACUCUAACAACCUCAAACAUAUGUUAUGGCAAGAGUAAGGAAGUAUACUGGGCUCCAUAUCUCCAUUCCUUAUGCACUGAUUUAUACCAAGUUUUUGUCAAGAAGGACUCCGACGUCUACCUGUCAUGGGCUGUCUAUGCACCAUGGUUUUUGCAUGAUUUCAUGACGCGCUUACAGGAGGCAUUCUGCCAAAUUUCCUGCAAAGAAUGGGGGUGCAGCGAAUGCUUGGAUGGCGAUAAGUGUAGGCGUUGGCGGCAUGGCCUAGUUGAAAAGGUAGAAGGGCAGCGUGAUAAACCUCUUUGCCAAUGCCUUUCCGUUGUCAGCUGCAAAGGGGUUUCGCCAACAUUGUAUAAGUAUGGGUUUAGAUUUGGUGAUGCAUUUACAUUGAAAGACGAAAGCACUCGUAGGUCGUGUUCCAACUUCUUUGCUCACCUUCAAGAUGUGUUGAAUUCAGAAGACUUCAGAAACCUAUUUGAAAAGUGUGAUGAGUACCUAUUUAAGAUCAGAGGACCAUUUAUCUGGACAAUGAUCGCCCUCUGGGUCUUAUCCAUUCUAUAUUUCGCCUACGCCAUCAUAUACCGCCUUGAUGUGUUCUACAUCCGUCCGCACAUGAGGCCGCCGUUGUCACACAAGAUCUCUGCGCAGUCGCUACUGGGAUCGCCAGGCAUUCCUAGCCUUGCCAAGUUAACGUACCUGCAACGUUGA